AUGGAUACGCUAUUAACUGCAGAGAUCGUUGCCAAUUCCCCGCGAUUCCGUCGCAAGUCGUCGACCUUCGUUGAUGCGAUUCACGAUUUACCUGAAAAGGCGGACCUCGCACCAGCCCAGCUAUAUAGCACGGAAUCUGGCCGUCUUUUCCAUUCAGGUCGAAUUGUCAUCAUCACCGUUGGCCUGCCAGCGAGAGGGAAAACGCAUAUAUCAGUGGCUUUAGCACGAUAUCUUCGAUGGCUCGGUGUCAAGACCAGGAUCUUUCACCUAGGAGACUACAGACGCGCUACCAUUCCUUUUGGUGAAGACAUGCCAGAUGAUUACUUCUAUGUCAACGCAUCGGCAUCGUCGGUACUCCUGAGGCAAAAGAUCGUGAGAAAAUGCCGCGAGGAUAUCUAUCAUUUUUUAAACCACGAGAAUGGCCAGAUCGCAAUAUACGACGCUGUCAACCCCUUGGCGGCUGGUAGAAGGUCUUUGGCUAAGGAAUUCGCGAAGCACGAUAUCGAGACCUUGUUCAUAGAGUCAUGGUGUGAUGAUGAACGGAUCAUCGAGGAGAACGUCCGGAGGGUUAAGAUUUCUUCACCGGACUAUGUAGGCUGGUCCUCGGAGGAUGCAGUGAAGCACUAUUUGACGCGGAUAUCCGCUCGCAUCCCGCAAUUCCAGACAAUGGAGGAGAAGGAUUUGAACUACAUCAAGAUGAUUAAUGCUGGUGAAAGAUUGAUCGUCAACAACUGUAGCUUCGGAUACCUUUCACACAGAAUUGUGUUCUAUCUUACCAACCUUCAUAUCAAAUCCAGACAUACGUACUUCGCACGGGCGGGUGUCUCGCAGGAAGCGACUUACAAGUCGGACUCUUCUUUGUCGGAACAAGGUGAAGAAUAUGCAACCAAGAUGACCGAAUGCUUGCUACGGCAUCGGGAGACCGAAAAACAAGAGAUGCUUGACCGGGGAGAGCAAAAAUAUGAAUUGAAGCCAUUGACCGUAUGGACAUCUACAAGACGCCGAACAAUCGAGACCGCCAAAUAUUUGCACGAGAGCGGGUACAAGGUGCGGCAGAGGUCGCAAAUGAGUCAACUCAACCCGGGCGUGUGCGAGAGUAUGAGCGAGGGGAGAAUUCGCCUAGAAUAUCCAGAGGAGGUGGCCAAGCACGAUCUUGACCCCUACCACCACCGGUAUCCUCGUGCAGAGGUUUGUCUCGUCCAUGUCUACGUUAACGUUUGUGCAUGA